AUGACAUCUCACAACGACUCCAUUGAGGAAAGUAUUAUUAUAACGCAUUAUAAUUACACGGGGAAGUACAAGCAUCCUCCCAAGAAUGGUCUGAAGUCAAGCUCUAUUAUAUUUAUAAUUAUCUGCUGCUUCAUUGUAUUGGAGAACAUUCUUGUACUCUUAACCAUCUGGCGAACCAAGAAAUUCCAUCGUCCAAUGUAUUACUUUAUUGGUAACUUGGCACUUUCGGAUUUAUUAGCUGGCGCUGCUUACACAGCCAACAUUCUUCUUUCUGGGCCAAAUACAUUCAAGCUGACACCAGAUCAAUGGUUUAUACGGGAAGGAAGUAUGUUUGUUGCUCUCUCUGCCUCGGUCUUCAGCCACUCUUGGCAAUUGCUAUUGAGCGCUACAUCACCAUGUUGAAGAUGAAGUUGCACAAUGGUAGCAAAAGCUCAAGGUCCUUCCUUCUGAUUAGCGGCUGUUGGCUUCUCUCCUUAUGCCUUGGAGGUCUACCAAUUAUGGGCUGGAACUGCUUGAAGAAAAUGGAAUAUUGUUCCACAGUUCUUCCCUUGUAUCAUAAACAUUACAUUCUCUUCUGCACCUCAAUUUUCUGCAUAUUAUUGAUGGCUAUUGUUGUUCUAUACGCCAGGAUCUACUUCUUGGUAAGAACACGAAGUAGAAGUCUGACCUUUAGGAAAAACUGCGCCAGAACCAGCAGGAGUUCAGAGAAAUCCAUGGCAUUGCUUAAAACAGUUAUUAUUGUCUUAAGUGUCUUCAUUUUAUGUUGGUCACCACUUUUUGUUUUCCUCUUGUUGGAUUUUGGCUGUCAAGUUAGAGCUUGUGAGGUUCUCUUUAAGGCUGAAUACUUUUUGUCCCUUGCAGUUCUUAACUCUGCCACAAAUCCCAUCAUAUACACCCUGACCAACAGGGAGAUGAGACGUGCCUUUCUAAAAAUGGCAGUCUGUUGCCAUGGCUCCAUUCUGAACGCAGGGGCAAAAGUUAAAAGGCCAAUUAUCACAGGAAUGGAGUUCAGCCGAAGCAAGUCGGACAAUUCUUCUCAUCCACAAAAGGAUGAGAUGGACUAUCCAGUGACCCUAAUGUCCUCUGGCAAUAUGACUUCCUCCUCCUAA